AUGGCGAGUACGGGUGAGCCGGACCGUAAACGGCGUCACAUCAUCUCCAUAUCGCCGACAGCUACGGCGGCUGCUGUGAAGAAGCAGCCAUUCUUCUGGCCUUCCUCCGAGGACAAGCUUGAUACUGCAGUUCUUCAGUUCCAAAAUUUGAAGCUGUCCCAAAAGCUAGAGGCUCAGCAUGUUGAGUGCUCUAUUCUUGAGGAUAGACUUUCUCAGAUCAAGGAAAAACAACGGCCCUAUGAAUCCACAUUGAAAAAUGUCCAAAAAUCUUGGGGAGGGCUUAUAACUGCCCUGGAAUCAUGUUCUGUUCGUGUGAGAGAGUCAUGCAGUGAAGGUGACAGACGUGUCUUGAACAAAGAGGAUGCUCCUAAAUCCCUAGAGGAUGAUUUCAUCAGCCGGCUUCUAGAAACAGGUGCAACUGAGAGUUCUUCUUCCAGUAGUUGCUCAAAUCAGUUGGAAGAGAAUAGGGGGACACCACCACUUCAGGUGACAAAAACGUUGCAUAACCUUGUAGCUGCCACCGAUGAUUUGAAAUGUCUGAAGGAUGGACUAUAUCAUGCAGCUCUCAAAGAGGAUUUGCACGGACAUCAAGUAUCAAAUGAUUUGGAAUCUGAACUUCAAAGUUUGAGGCUGGCUCUCAGUGAUGUUCAUGUGAAGCACAAAUUACUGUCGAGUGAGUUACAGAAUCACCGAGAUGCUGAUGCUAAGAAUAAAGCCGAUCUUAAACGAAUAAGAGAUGAGCUAGAGGUCGAGGUGGCAGAGCUGCAACAGUGUAAUGGCGAGUUGGCAGCACUAAGAGCAGAAAGGGACGCAACAAUGGGGGCAUUUUUUCCAGUGUUGAAUCUUGGGAACAAGUUUGUAACUGGUGAUAGCAUUAGAGAUAAACAAAGGGAACUGCAAGACAUGGAAUCUGUUCUGAAAGAGCUAACGGAGCUAGCUUCAAGCAGGCUAGAAGAGCUAAAAGAUCUUCACGAGAAGAGGAUAAAGAUUCUGGAAAAAAUGAGUAAUUUGCAGAAAACAUUGAAGUCUGUGAGGUGUGUUUCAUCUUCUCAAGCAUGCCUUUUGCUGAAAGAUAAGCUAUCAAGGUCAAAAGAAGCUGUCCUUCAGUAUCAGGCUUUGUUAGAAAAAUUGCAGGUUCAAAAAGAUAAUACAGCCUGGAGGGAAAGGGAGUUGAGUAUGAAAAGCGAGCUAGUUGAUGUUUCUCGAAGGUCUUCUGCUGUUUCUGAUGCUAGAAUUGCUUCUUUGGAGAUGGAGUUAGAGAAGCAACUGGAUGAAAAGAAGCAAAUCACAACUAAGUUGGAAGAGAUACCAGGAGACCGAGGGAGGAAAGAAAUAUUUGCAGAUAUGAAAGCACUAAUUUCUUCGUUCCCAGAGGAGAUGAGUUCAAUGCAAAGUCAAUUAGACAAUUAUAAAAGGACUGCUGGAGGUAUCCAUUCGCUGCGGGCUGAUGUCCAGUCCCUCACCGGGAUUCUAGAUAGGAAGAUGAAGGAAUGUGAGGUGUUGUCUGUUAGAUCUUCUGACAAGGCUUCUCAGAUAGAUGACCUGAAAGCUACGGUUCAUGAUUUGAGGGACAGUCAUGAGGAGUUGAAGCUGUUUUUAGACAUGUAUAGACGUGAAUCUACUGAUUCGAGGGACAUUGCUGAAGCCAAGGAUCAGGAGUACAAGGCUUGGGCUCAUGUCCAAAGUCUGACAUCCUACCUUGAUGAACAAAACCUGGAAUUGCAAGUUAAGGCAGCAAAUGAAGCUGAGGCCAUUUCCCAACAAAUGCUGGCUGCUGCUGAAGCUGAGAUUGCUGAUUUAAGGCAGAAGUUGGAAGAUUCAAAACGGGAUGUCAAGGGGCUUUCGCAGAUCUUGAAAUCUAAAAAUGAAGAAAAUGAGACUUAUCUUUCUGAAAUACAGACAAUUGGUCGUGCAUAUGAGGACAUUCUACCACAAAACCAACAACUUUUGCUUCAAGUUACCGAAAGGGAUGACUAUAAUAUCAAGCUCUUCUUGGAGGGAGUUACUUCCAGACAGAUGCAAAAAGCUUUACGUGUCAAUAAAAGUAUCAUGGAUAAGGAUAUGCAGCAAGCCGGUGCAUUUGUCAAUUUCCUUUCCAUGAAGUCUUCAAGAAUUGAAGAUCAGUUGAGAUUCUGCAUAGAUCAGGUUCAGAAACUUGCAAACGAUCAGUAUCAGAAAUCUGAUACACUCGAGAACUCGCAAAAGAAAUGGGUAGAUGUUAAGAACUCAUUGGAACAAGCCAGGACAAGGUCGGAGGAGUCACAAUCUAAGGUUGAGAGAAGUCGGAUGGAUUAUGGGGCAUUGGAGCUAGAAUUGGAAAGUGAAAGGUUCAGUAGGAGAAGGAUAGAGGAGGAAUUGGAAAUUGCCAGGAGGAAAGCUUCGCAUCUUCGAUCUCUUAGAGAAGGCUCCUCAGCCAUUCAAAAGCUUCGUCAAGAACUUGGUGAAUACAAAGAAAUUAUCAAGUGUAAGGUCUGCCAUGAUCGCCCAAAAGAGGUGGUGAUCACAAAAUGCUACCAUUUGUUCUGCAACCAAUGCGUGCAAAAGAUGAUAGGAAAUCGGCAAAGGAAAUGUCCAACAUGCUCAGCAAGUUUUGGACCCAAUGAUGUUAAACCUGUCUACAUAUGAUGCAGAAUAGAAUAGGGAAGUGUUCUUCUCAGUUAAUAACCCCCGGCUGCAUCUGGCAGUGGCCAAUGCGUGAAAAAUGAAGCCUGUAUCUAUGCCCGGUGACUCGCUGGAAACCCUCAGCCCCUCCAGGUCAAGCUGCGAGAUCAUCUGGUCGAUGGGAUGGAUAACUCCGCAUCCAGGACAGGGAAGAAAAAGUCUUGGAAAUGCUGACUAUGGGUUAUAAUAGUUUUUGUGUCUGGUCUCUACAGAUUAUGCUAUGGGUUGUGGAAUUGUAUCAUUUUGGCAUCAUCCCUCUUCAACUGAAAAAGGAACCACAGGGAAUUCUUUCUCACCUGGUAAACAUGUCUGCAGAUAAAUGGAGGUUGUUUUCAGAUCCAAUGUAAUUAGUAGAAACCCUUCAGUGUUUAGAGUGAUUUUGGUAGCAAGAUGUGAUGAAAAGAGUAGUAGGCCAAAUGAUUUUAUGCUUAAACCUUCUGCUUUGUGAUCUUGUGACGGGGAUGUUAGUUACUGUAUUUGCUUGGGUU